UGAUAUGAAUAGGACUGGAGUGGAAUUGAAUGGAAAGAAUGUACUGGAAGAAGUAAAUUGCACGGAAUCCUGGAAUUUUUUUUCGAUAGUGUUGAAAAAAUACUAGAUGAAAAGUCAGUCUCUCAAGGAAUUCAUGUUUCUGGCCUUGAUAAGCAAGACUUUGAAUGCCCUUUAUGCAUGCGGAUUCUGUGGGAGCCGGUUACAACACCAUGUGGGCAUAGCUUCUGUAGAUUUUGCUUAAAUCGUUGCUUAGAUCAUCAGCCUACUUGCCCUCUAUGCAAAACAUCACUUGCUGAAUUCUUGGCUGAACGUGUUCAAAGUGUAACUGUUUUUGUUGAACUUGCCAUCAAAACUCUAUUCCCACGUGAUUAUGAAGAAAGAAAAUCUGUUUAUAUGGAAGAGAUGGAAGAAUUAUCCAAUGCAGGCAAAGAUCCUAAACAUGUGAUCCCUCUAUUUGUAUGUACAUUAGCAUAUCCCACAGUGCCUUGUCCUCUUCAUGUAUUUGAGCCUCGCUAUAGACUUAUGAUAAGACAAUGCAUGGAAUCUGGCAGCCGACAGUUUGGAAUGUGUGCUUACAUUGAUGACAACAUAGCAGAAUUUGGCACUAUGCUGGAAAUACGAGAUGUUCAGUACUUCCCAGAUGGCAGAUCUGUUGUUGAUACUAUAGGAAGCAAACGCUUUCGAAUCUUAAAAAAGGGGGAGAGAGAUGGCUAUCAUACUGGAGCUGUAGAAUUUCUGGAAGAUGAACCUUUACUUGGAGAAAAUCUUGAAAGUAUUAAAAAAUUGCAUGAUGAAGUGUAUAAAGUAUCUCAAGCAUGGUUUAUGCGCCUACCUUCUGAUACAAAGCGCCAAAUUUUGCUGCAUUUUGGACCUAUGCCUCCUGUUGAAAGUAAUUAUUUGAACUCCCCAAAUGGUCCUUCUUGGUUCUGGUGGAUGCUUGCAGUUUUGCCUUUAGAACCUAGAUCACAGUUGAUGAUUUUGUCUAUGACAUCUUUGCCUCGGCGACUUAAUACUUUGUAUAGGGUACUUUUGCACCUGCAGUCAAGCAUCACCACAUGACUAAGAUAUGCAUCAAGGAAUUUGGAUUGGAGCAAUAUUUAUAACAAUGGUUUAUUUAAAAUGUUUCUUGGAGCCAUAUUAAUAGCUAUUUUAUUUUAUGUAGGUUUGUUGUAAUCUUAUGCAAGAUAUUUAUGUAUAAUUUAAAACUGUAUGUGUGUGUGUGAAUUGACUUCUUCAGAACUUAAUUGUAAAAUCAAUAGUCUGUCAGUUUGUAUUGCUUGCUUUAAUAUUUGUCAAUUGUGUUAAAUAUUAAUAUAUUAUAAAUAUGGAAUUAUAUUAAAAUUUUUCAUUUAAAUUUAUGUGUGUCUUCAUAUAGAAGAUUAGUCUUAAAAACCAGUCUGUACACUGUGGGGAAAUAACUGUUUGAACAGUUUUUUCUUGCAUACAUGUCUUUACUUGUUCUUGCUUAAAGUGGAAUGCAUUUUUCGCAUAUUCUGAAUUUACUUAGCCAUGUAAUGCAAGAGUUUUAGUGAGUGCAGCAUUUUCAUCGUCUUGCAAAUUUCAUAUAUGCAACAGUUGUCCAAAAACCGUUAUUUUAAGUGUUUUCUUUUAUUGUAAUAUUCAUUAAUGUGAUGUGACUAGUUAGUUAUUAUAUAGAGUGAUUCAUUUAAAAAUAACGUUUUUUAUUAUCUGUUUAUUUGAACAACAAUAUAAUUCAAAACAAUUUAUAUUUCAUGUACAAUAUAUGUGGGAGAAUUCUCACUUUUGUAUUAAAUACUGAAAAUGCUCUCUGCCCUGAAGGCAUGGCUAAGCAUGUACAGAGAUUGAUUCUGAGCACUCAUUGGAGCCAUGUAAUAUUAAUAGCACAGGUUUUGUUGGUAAUAGUUUGCUUUAAAUUCCGUGCUAGGUUUGUUGUGUUCCUGCACAUUUGUUCAAGUUGUUUCUUAUCAAUACUAUACAUUUUGUUAGGAAUGUUCUGCUUCAAAUCUUACUCUACAUGGCCUAGGCCAUUAGAAUCCUAUGCUGUAUGUUGUAGGAUAUUGGAAGGUUUGAAGUAGAACAUUUACCAGUAAAAUCAACUGUACUACUAGGACGGGGGUUCCAAAGAACAGCGAGAACAUGAGACAUGUUCAGCUGGGCCUUCAGGAGGGUGGAAUUACUUUUGAGCAUUUUCUGGGGAGACUGAGUAUCUCCCAUUUGAAGUGCAAUAAAUUUUUAGUAGCUUAAUGCUUAUUCAAAUAAAUAAAUAAUGGAAAGCAUCAGUUUUAUAUGAAUCAUCCUGGCUUAUAGUUCUGUUAUAUACAUGCACCUAGUAGUAAAAUGCAAAUAUGUAUAAGCAACCUGAAAUGUCUUUGUAGUGUUUAAAAAUGUGUUAAACAAUUAAAUUUGCAUUAUUGAGUGUUAUUCAGUUUUUCAUAUGACUGACACUUCUGACACAAAUGAUCUAACAACAUUGCAUACUUUAGAACUAUGCAAGUAGUACUGCCAAUUGAUGUAGAUUGAAAAGUAAAAAUUAUUAUCAAAAUACAGCUACACUCUGCCUCAUUUCUAUAAAGAAUAUAAAUACAUUUUUUGCUGCAGUUGAAAUGACUUGAUAAAGAACUAAAUUUAUUUAGUAGAAACAAAACAUUGUACCUAACUGCUGUUCGUAUGCACUCACUUAUAUUAAGUAAUUUUUAUGUAUACUAUCUUGGGCUUCUAUAAACAGUGAAGAUAUUAUGUAAAUUCAUUUUACAUAAUAUUUAGAAAUACACAUGACAAAAUUAAUUGUAUAUUGUUAAGAAAUUCCUUCUGUGCAGUAUUGUUAUGUAUAAAAUUUUUGCAUGAGCAGGGAACCUCAUAGGAAGAAUAUCUGUGGGGGAUGGUAUCGUCUUAUUUAAAAAGCUUGUAAUUUAAACUGUAAUGGCAACUAGUUCAUAAUUUUUUUUUAAAGAAACUCAUGAAACACAGACAUUUCAGGUUACUAGCUGAAGAUGUUGUCUUUGAGAAAUGUUAAAAUGUUUGGAUUCUGUACCGUUUUUGAUGACAUAACCAGAACAAGCAGAUGCCAUUUCCUUUUUUAAAAUUGUUAUUAAGAAAUAUAGUUUAUGGUUCUAAUAUGCUUGUUUAAACACUACUUUAAAUUUUUUUUCAUUAAUUUUUGCUGUGAUUUUUUUAAACUAAUGUCGUACUUGUAAGAAGUUUAAUGUAUUGAUAGCUUCUCUAUGAUUAGUCUUAAAUGUUUCACAUAUGAAAAAGCUGAUGCUUAAUAAAGUAUUUAUUGAUAUUUUAUACAUAACUUAUCUUGUGCUGUGUUAUAUUUAUUGACUUUCACUUAUAAUUUUAUGUUGUAUGUUAUACCGGUAAUAUUUAUGUAUUAAAAAUGUUAUGAAUAUACUUGUUAACAACCAUAUUGGCUGUCACAUUUACUAUGCAAAUAGUAAUCAAAAGACUGCUGAACUCGUGAAAUUGUCAUAGCAUGUUGCCUACCUGUCUUACUGUCACACAACUUAGUCUUCAAAGAAUUCUUUUAUGGUUAAUUAUCUAGUCAGUCUUUGACUAAUCUAAUGAAAGUUUGGAAUUGAUUAAAGGACAACACUAUUUUCUGUGCAACACUUUCUGCUCUGUGUCUAGGGUAAUUUAUAAAUAAAUGCUUAGUGUUGAAUUUUUUAUUCAGUGCUGAAUUUUUUGUUCAUAAAUGAAUUUCCCCAUGUUGUCAUGAAAUCUUGUUAAUGUGUAGUGGAAAUGUUAAAAAGAGUUAAUGUAAUUAAUGGUAAGAACACUUUUAUAUUGAUUGCUACAUUCUUGGAUAGAGGGAAUGCACGAAAUAAAUAGGUUUGGAGCAAACAGCACUGUUUUAGCAUUCUUAGUAUUUGCAACAAAUUGAAAAAAUUCAAUGGAAGGACUAAAUGCUUUUGGAGAAUUCAGUUCUAAUCUGAAUCAUUUCAACAAUAUGCUAUCAUUAAAGUAUGUUACUGAAAAUGUAUUGCACAGCUAUUAUUAUAUCCUCUUUCAUGCAUAUGUUUUUCUAUUGUAAUUUAUUAUGCAUUGUAAUGUAAAACACACUGAAUGCUUGUUCUUGUUAUGGUUUUGACUUCAAAUUUGGACUUUUUUUCUUUUAACUCCAUUUUUUUUUCCAAAAAGAAUAUAUAUAUAUGUGUGUGUGAUGUAAUUUCACAAACUAUUGUUCAAAAUCAUAUUUAUUAUUAACCCUCUGAGUGACAGGACUGCUUUUAGCCAGUCAUGAGAUUUUUUUAAUACUUGGUAUAUAUUAAAGUAUGUUUCUUUCUUACUUCCUCUGAUGAAGUAAAUAUCAUCUUAAUGAAUCAAAUUGUAUGAUAAAGAGACUAAAUUAAGUAAUUACAUAAGUUUAGCUAGUGAAUGCUGUUGAAAUACAGUUUUUCUGGAGUAGUUUCCAAAAGCCAUGCUACUUGGAGGGUUGUUAUUACUUAUUGAGUAGAGUUUUGUACUCAAUAAUAUGCCUGUGUAUAAUAUUCUGCUAUAUUUGUUAUUAACGUGAAUCUGGCUUGUGACUUUACUAUGCUAUUAUGAAUCAGAACUAAGCCUUGACUGUUGAUCUUACUUAUCACACAAAUAUUUAUUGUUGUUAUGACAACAAUAAAUAUUUGUGUGAUAUUCUUAUGAAUUUUACAUAAUCCAAAGACGUAUAUCGUGAGGCACAAUUUUCUGAAAUUGCUAAACUUGAUAACUGUAUAAGAGAAAACAUAUUGUGAGUAAUAAUAUGUACAGUAAUUGGUUUCCUACAGAAUUAAGGGUAGAAUUAAUUAAUAUAAAUCACUUUUAAGAUAAUUUAUGAAUUUAUCUGCCGAGAAAAUUGGUAUUAAAGGAAGUCAUAUUUUAUGUGAUAUUAUGCAUCUGAAGUAUAGAUAUUGUUUUUUUAAUCUAGAAAUUAUUCAGGUUGAUGUAUGUUUGCAUUCUAAGUGGCUUUCUACAAAAAUCCAAAUUUUCUGAAUCAAUGGUUUCUUUUUUCACGAACUUAUCUUGAUACAAAUUGAUUUGAUAUUCUGCAGAUGGGUUUGUAGUGCUUAUAUUGUAAGCAAAACAGGCAAAUAAAAUUUGGUUUAAUAUUCUGCAUAUAUGUUAAUAAUAUUUAGCACACUGAGGUGAUGCUUGGACCCUCUAUUUUAGAUAUUCACUAUUUUAAUACAGCAUAUAGAGUUAAAUGUUAUCUCUGGUAAAAAUUAAUAAUUUUCUUUAACUUCUAGUUUUUUUCUUUGAAUUUCAUCUCUUUUCUAAUUGAUGUUAUGCUAACUAUCGUUUUAUGGAAAUAUUUAGCAACGUUUAUGAUUUCAAAAUUCUAGUUUUCAGUAAACUAAUUUUUUGGUGAUCAUGAGGAAAACUGGACAAUUAUAUUAGGAAUACUUGAUACCCUGUCCUAUGAUGUUUAAUCAUAUUAAGGUAAUAGUAGUGAAAAUAGUACAUUAUUUAUGCAUUAAAGAGUUAAAGCACUGUUAAAACUGUAAAAUGCCUGCUUAAUGCUUAAUAUGAUUUAAACACACAUAUUUACUUCUAAGAGAUCAUGCAUCUGGUUAGUAUAUGAGUGAAUGCUUUUGAACAUCAUAGUAAAGUAGUUAUAAAGUAUCGACAAUAUGAGGGCCAUUCAAAUGAACAGUGAGUGUUUUUAAGUUCUGAAAAAGCUUUACUUUGUUUAGAUUAGAUUCAUUUCUCAGGAUUUCCUCUUUGCAUUGCAUUAAAAAAUUCUUGUUCUGUAUAUCAGUAUCUGUAAUUUCAUCUUCAGAGGAUCUAAACCGUUAAAGCAGAGAUUUGAUAUUCCUGCCUCUACUAACACUUUGAGAUGACUUUGUGAGGAGGGGAGAAUCACUGAAAGAUAAUAUGUUGUAUUAGUAUGUUGUUUCAGUUUUAUAGCCUUAAAUAAGUUUACAUUUAUGGAAUUGCAUUUUGUGCUUGUGUGGAGUAAAAUGUAUUGAUUUUUCAAUGGUUAAAAUAUAGCAUCUAUGCAUAAACAAUAAUUGGCAUGGAAAAGAGAAUCUAUCAAAAAUAUAUUUGCUUCUGUUUCUUAUUGUAGAUAUAUAAUGUUUAUUCUGAUUACAUUUUUAAUAAUCAUUCAGUUGAUAUAUUAUCAGGGCCUGAAAAGUAUAUUUCAGUCAAAAAAAUUUUUAAAGAAAUAAUUUAAAGAAUGGCUGCUUCACAAACUUAUCAUGGAUCAUGUAAUUGGGAAUCAAAUGAUUGUACAUCAUUAGUGAACUCUCCUCCCCCCCUCCCGAAGAGUAUUUGAGUGUUGAAAGAUUUUUCCAUUUGAGUGAGAAGAAAUUCAUUUAUGAAGAAUUUUACCACUAGGUAGGCCUAUUGCAGCUUUGGUGGUAAAAGGAAAUACAGAAAAUCCAACCUCAUAUGAAUGAAACUUUCCUGUGUCCUUUAAUUUGUAUUUCUAUAAAUGAGAACAAUAAAUAUCCUCAUUUUUGAACUAAGAUAAUCCAAAAUAAUUCCUUGUUUGCAAGUGUAAUUUAUAUUAAUCAGAGUUUGUCUAAAAUAUGUUAUCUGUUCAUUUUGCUUCAGCAUUCAAAUGUCAUAAAAUUAGAUUUAUCUUCUUUGUAAAAUCUUUUUAUUAAGUGCAUAAAUUAAUAAAUAGCAUUUAUUUUCAUAAUUAACAUGUUCUUUGGUGUACCAAUCUUUUUAUAUUUUGCUAUAUUUUAAUUUACCUUGAUUUGUGCAAAAAUAUUUUUCUUCUCUAUAUAACUUAGCUAUCUGCAUUCACAGAAGUAGUUAAUUUUGCCUGCUGAUAAUGCUGUGAAAUAAGGACUUCAGCAGUUCAUACCUAAAUAUGCAUCAUAGGUUAAGGAUUUCAGUAAUUCAUAAUCUAAAUAUGCAUCAUAGCUUGGUUAUCUCUAGGGAUCUAUCUUCAAAUUUCUCAUUCAAUGUUAUUAAUUCAUGUUGGAGUUUAAGAAGUAUUGUUUGGAAUUAAGUUUUGACUGCUUUCUAAGAGAUUUGUAGACCUGAAUAUUAAAAAUUAUUUAAUUUGAAUUUUGAAAUCUAGUGAAGUUUUAUGUUUGAAACAUAGAUUAAAUAUGCAUUGGCUUGAUAUUAACGAUGAAUAGCUGUAAUAUGUAAUAUAAAUGUGUUGCAACAUGAUGAGUUUUGUAAAACAGAUUCUAGAGAUGGGACAUGAGCAUUGGAGGUUAAUAUAGAGAUUUAAGUCAGAUGUUUGAAGUACAAAGAUCAUUGCAAAAGUCUAUCCCCCACACUAGUGUCACGUGUAUGUAAAGUAUAGAUCGGUUGGUAGUUAAAUUAGCGGAAUUACAAUCUCUGAUGUAUGAGUGAGAAAUACAUUGUUACUGCUGUAUAACUUGUAUGGAGGUUUAUCAGAAAGCAGAUAGUAAUAGGUAGAUCAGACUUCAGCUGUAAUAUUUUCUUGAAGUUUAUUCAUGAUUGUUUUAAUGUUCAGUUACAAAAAGAUUUAAUUUUUUAUUGCUAUCUAAGGAACUGCUUAAGAGGGUUCAGAAAUAGCUAGUGAAUAGGUUCUGUUAUAAUCUGAGAAUAUGAUGAUAAAUUAUAAUACUAACUAGGUAGAUGUGGCAUUUAAUUUGGUGUUAGAAAUCUUACUUGCAUAUCAAAAACUGCUUCUUUGCAGAAAGUUUUUUUUUCCGUGUUUGUUUAUUAAUUUAAAUCACUUUGGUAGAGGAACGAUAUAUGUUGCUUUUAAGGCCAUUUGUAUUGGAGAUAGCUUAUGCCCUGAAUGGCCUAACCAUAUUGCAUCAGAUAUAUUGGCUUCUUCUCCAAAAUGACUUUAUUGCAAUGGUUUAUAAAAUUUUCUUUAAUUUUUUAUUAAAAGUAUGUAGAUAAUCAAAAUAAAUAUAAAUAAAAUAUUAGAAACAAGGUAACAGCUAUCAUCUGAGAUCAGCACUGAAUAAAUACCAUGAAGAUGCUACCACUAGACUAAGGUUUGGUUUGGUUUGGCUUAUGUGAUUAUGGCAAAGCCUCGAGGGCUAUCUGUCUAAAGGGAAGGAUGCCUUCAUGGAGGACUUUCUAAGGAAAACUAGUUCAUAUACACGUUACACAUGGGGAAACUAUGAAGAUGGCCAUGAAGCCAGACCAUUCGCAGGAUUUGAACCUUGGACCAAACUUCCAGUGUUCAGCGUUUUUACCGCUCGACCGCUGAUGGGCCGGGUAAAUAUAGGCCAUAUGAUUUCACUGUAUCUUUAGAUCUCUAGCAAAUUUUUAAUUAUGUACAGUUUUAAAGUAUUGUUUUCAAUUUUUGAAAAGUGGAUGUAUUUUUAAUGUGCCACCUGAGCAUUGACACAUAUAUUUAAAUAUAGUUUAAUGAUAGUUUUUAAGUAGUGUAAUUGUAUGUGAAAAAACUGGUUAAUGAUUUUGUUGUUCAUAUAUUUUAUAUAAUAAGAUAUUGCCGAAGAUAAUUAUGGAAUGGAUAUGGGAAAACAUCAUGUGCCAAACAAGGUAUUCUCUUAUAUCGCAAUAAAAUUUAUGUAAAAUACAUCCUAAAAUAUGAACCACAAUCCAUCUUUUGGUCAAUGAGCACUUAUAUAAUUAUUCUUUGUUUUUAUAUUUUUAAUAAUUUAAUUACAUUUUUUAACCUUGAAUAUGUGCAUUAAAUAUAGUUUAGCAAUAUUUACAGUUUUUUUCCCAUAUUCAUUCUAUAUAUGGUUAUGGUUUUCUGUGUAUUAUCAUGGUCAUGGUAAUAAAUACAAACUAUGCAUUUUACUUCAUGUUGUUUAUAUUGUACUAAAUUUAUGUAGAAUUUUAGAAAAGUCAUGUAAGUAAUAGUUACUGAAAAACUGAACUGCCAGCCUGUGCAUCAGAAAUGUGUCGUAAAUGAAAAUAAAAACGUGAAUAUAAAUUUUAAAAAAUAAAUUUUUAUUUACGUUUUAUGUUUUCAUUUGAUUGCACAUUUUUAAUAUAUGCAUGCAUUUUUGCACUCUCCAGAACUAUCAUCUGUACUACUUAAUACAAAUUUCAACCUUUGUUAAGAAAUUUUGAAUUCUAGUGUUACAUGUGAAUGCAGUAAUGUGAAAUGUUGUUUAUGUGAUAUUUGUUGUACAUAAGUAGAGCAGAAAAAAGGUGUAAUCUUUUUUUUUCUUUGCUUAUAAAUCUAUUUUCACAGCUUAGCCCCCUUUACCCAAAAAGUGGAUUCUAGAUUUAUUAAUUCAUCAGAGAUUACCUAAGUAUAGUGAUAUCCAGUGUUACUAAUUUAUAAAAAAUACAGUUACCUUGCCAAAAUAUUAAGAUAAUAUAUUACUAUAAUUUUGAUUGGGAUUGCAAUACAAUAUGCUGCAGAAAAUUGCUUAAAAAGAUGUAUGCAUAAGUGUGUAAAAUGGUAUCAAAAUGUUGCCAAUCUACCAACCAAAGUACAUGACAAAUUAGUGUAGAAAAUUAUGUUUUUUUAGAUGGUGGCCAAAAUAAAAAGUGUAAAAUAAUAAUUGCUUCUGCUCAUACAGAAUAAACUAUGAGGUUAAUUGACAUUGUUGGGAGCUUAAGAUAAGUUCAAGAGAGAAUUAUGCUUAUUUUUAAGUAUAAUAAUUUUGAUUUAUACUUUUUUGUUAAAAAUGGAAGUGACCUCAGAUAGUGUAUAAACAGUCAUAGUAGCAUAAUCAAAUGCCUUGAGCUUAUUAUUUCUUGCUGCCUGAUGAAUAACUUUCUAAAAUUUCUGAUGUAGCCAAAGUAGUUUGGAAGAGAUAAUAUACUUGAAAAUUUUAUCUUGUUAGACUAAAGAUGUCAUUUUACAUUUAUGAUAGUUCAUGUUAUUUUUUUUAACCAGUGAGUGAAUAAUUUUAGAAUUGUAAUGUACAAUUCAUAAACUUCAUUUUUAAACUUAAACAGUAAAAAAUUAUUAUACUUUAUAUGUUUUUGUGUUUAUUAACCCAUUAUCUUAAUAUUUUAUCUUUACUGUCAUAUCUCCCACCAUGAUGCAAAUUAACCUAUAUAAGGACAGAUUGAUUGAAGUUAAGGGAUAGCUUUUGGCAAUAACCACUGACAUCUCUGAACUCUUUUUUGGUCAGCUCUUAAGAUUUACCUGAACUGCCAUCACCCUUUGCUAGUCGCGUCACUUCUAUGAUUCAAGAGACUUCAGCCAAAACUUGAAGUAAUACUUUGCUUCAUGAAUUGCUUAAUGAAAUUACUGAAGUGUUUCAUUAACUUUUAAAUCCAGUAAAAGCAGUUACUUGUUCUGUCUUAUACGAUGUUUGCAAGUUGUUGAGUUGAAGUUAUAAUGAAAAAAAAUAUAAUAAACCUUACGAGUUCAGUAUUGCUGUAAGACUUAAGAUGGGGCAAUAAGUUGCUUGACUGUUUACAGGGAGCCAAAAUUUAAUACUGAAGUAGUUAGCUUCCUUGUACCUUAAAAUCUUAAUAUUAUUAGUUGUAAAAUAAUUCUGUAUUUUAAUUAUUUGAGAAGGGGGAACAUUUAAUUUUCAAAAGAACCUCAAAUAAUGUUGCUAAAAUUUUCUAAGUUGUUCUUAACUACCAUGCAAAAAUACUAUUUAGAAGUUAGCCUCACAUUAAAUGUUUUAAUUGUGAAUGUAUUUAUUGCACUUUUCAAAUAUCUUACUUUCUCUUCACAGAGCACUAUACGUUUAAACAUAUUUUUUAAAUCAUUGUAUUGACAUUCCUAUUAUUAGGGCUUGGAUAAAUAUGUAAAAUGAUAGCAUUAAUUUUUUGAAGUACUGUAGCCAUUUCAUAAUGAUCUCAAUUUUUACUAAUGUGGAAAAUAAUUAAGUAUUCUAAAAAAUUGUGAACUUUGGAGAUGGGGGGUAUUGAAUAUUAUUAAAAGGCACAUCAUUUAUUUAAAUAAUAAUUUGUUUAAGUAAUUAUCAUUACUUAGACAAAUAAAAUUUGUUUAAGUAAUCUCUCGUUUAUCUUUAAUGUGAAAAGAAUUAUAAGCUAGUUUUUGUAUGUGGAAAGCUCAGUUUAGAAGGCCAAAUAGUCAUGUGUCUCAUAAUGUGUCCUGAUUAAAUUUUUUGGAUUGAGGUUUAAGCAUACGUUUUUCAAUAGCAAGCAUAAUCAUUUUAAAUAUUAAGAAGGCAAUUAGUUGUGACAUAAUGACACAUGUUUAAAUAGACACAGUAAUUUUUGUUAGAUUACAAAUAAGUGCGUAUUUACAGCUUAAAUGUAUUGAAAUGGUUCUCUAAAUUAUUCUCAUUAGUUCUGUCUGUCUGUUUAUAGUUUCUUUUCCCUUAGAUAUUUAAGUGUAUGAUAUAGAUAGAUAAAAUUUUUUUUGAAGUUUUUCUACACAUGUAUCUGGCUCUACUUGUUAUUUUUUAUGUGUUGUUUUAUUUAUUUAUUAAAUUCAGAUGUAUUUUUCUUUUAAAUCUGUUUUGACGACAUUUGGAGAAGGCUAUUUUAUAACCAAAGAUAUGAUGUAAAUUCCAUCUUAUGUAUGUGUCAAUUUAUUUCAAGUUCAUAUUGAAUGUAUUUAAUAAAGCAUUGAUAUUUUGAAGUUAAUGUUUUAUUUUGCAACAUGGGAUUUCGGAAAUACAAAGUUCUGUAUACUGUGGAAUACUUAAUUACUAAAAUGUGAAAUAAAUUGAAUUAUACGUGUC